AUGUAUGUGACUGAUUGUUAUGGUCAUCGUCUUCAAAAAUUUAUAAAUGGCUCAACAGUUGGUGUGACAAUAGCUGGUAUAACUGGAUCAAAUGGUACGGCGCUGAAUCAGUUUAAUUGGCUGCGAUAUUUUUGUCUCGAUCCAACUGAAACAUACUUGUAUAUUAAUGAUAAUAGUAAUCAACGUACUAUGCUCUAUCGAUCUAAUUCAACAACAGGUACUAAUGGUACUAUUGUUGCUGGUGGCAAUAGUAACGGUAAUUCUAAUAUUCAAUUACACUAUCCAUGGGGAAUUCAUUAUCUUCCAUCUAUAAGCACUGAUAUGUAUAUAGCAAACAAUGCUGGUCAUUCGGUGAUGCGAUGGACACCAGGUGCUUCAUCAGGCAUUUUCGUCGCUGGUACAGCUGGCGUAUCAGGUUCUAAUGCCACACUUCUAAAUAGUCCAAUGGGCCUCAAAAUUGAUGCAUAUUUGAAUAUAUAUGUUGUUGACAAAGGAAAUCAUAGAGUACAAAUGUUUUGUCAAAACAGUUCACUUGGUAUUACAAUAGUUGGGACUGGAAUAGCUGGUAACAGUACAACUGAACUAAAUGCCCCAAGAAGCAUAGCAUUUGAUUCAUCAAUGAAUAUGUACAUUGGUGAUACAGGAAAUGUUCGCGUUCAAAAGUUUCUCAAAAUCUAG